AUGAUGCAAGCGUAUGUAACUUCAUGCCGUACAAAACACUGGAGGAAACAGAGUAAAGUUGGUGUUUGUGGAAAUGCCCAAAAAGAAGCCGUUACUUUAUUGGGAGCAUUGACUUGGAUUUUCAUUAGCCAAGAAACCAAAAGUGUACGCCUACAGUUUCUGAGAUGCAAAGAGUCAUGGUUAUGUGGAAUUCUUGAUGACUUAGAUAAGAGAAAUGCCUAUGAAUACCUAAAAGGGAUGGUAAACUUUCACAGAAUGCAUCUGUUUGAUAUUGUCAACCAAUAUUGUGCCAUAUUUGUUGAUGACACAUCAGAAAGAUUUAAAACCCAAAAUAUAUUCGCGAAUGUGUUUGGAAACUCAAGAUUUGUGAUUUUGGCCUUGCAAGAGUUGCUUUCAAAAUUGUUGGUGUGUAAGCAAGCACGGGCAUCAACAUCGUUUUUUUUUUUUUUUGUUGAUGCCUUUGUUUCUACUACGUGUCCUUCACCGCCGGUGUAA